GGUCCACGCAUUCCUCCCUUCACCUCUCGGCCUUUUUCUUUCUCCCUGGAUUUUGAAAUAAUCGUGGAAGACUGAAAAAACCUCGCUGGUUUUGAGCUAGGGUUCCUUGCUUCUGGAUCACCGAGAAAUUAUCUGUCUCCUCUUCUGUACAGAUCGAAAUGGAUGGGCAUGAUCCAGAUGCAAAGCAAAGUACUGCUGAUAUGACUGCUUUUGUGCAAAAUCUCCUUCAGCAAAUGCAAUCAAGGUUCCAGACCAUGUCUGAGUCUAUUGUCUCAAAGAUCGAUGAAAUGGGCAACCGUAUAGAUGAACUGGAGAAGAGCAUUAAUGAUCUGAAGACAGAGAUGGGGGCUGAUGCACCAACAUCACCGUUGCCUCCAUCUAAGGCAAAGCAGGAAGAAGGCAAGACAGAGACUUUGUCAGGCAGCUCAACAUAGUACACAACAUGGCACAUUGAGAAAAGUUACUACGACAUGGCAUUGUUUUUCUGUUGUUUGGAUUCCGAGGAUUUGCAUGUAUUGCAAACUCCGGUAACUAUUGGCCUUUAUGAUGUGCAAUUUUGUUGAAUCAAACUAAAUUUUACUUGGUCAUAUGAAAUCUUUAUCAUCCA